AAAUGAAAUAAGAUUGAAAUAAGAUAAUGCAAUUAUGUUAUUUCAAGUUUUCAUAUAAAAUCUUUAUCAGUGUACUUUCUGUAACUUCAUAAUGCCGUAUUGGUUGAUAAAUUAGCAUCGUUCUAUUUUCAUUAACGGAUAUUUAUAACGUAUAUGAAUAAGUUGUAUUACUCAUUUAGUUUAUUUAACAUUAAAUCAAAAUGAACUUAGACAAUUCAGUACGGUUAUUGGAUCAAGCCGUAUACGGAAAAUCGGUUAUGAGUAAAUCACCACCUUAUUCAAGAAAUCGGAGCAUGAAACCUCAAGAUUAUUCUAUAACCCUGCAACAGCACGAAAUUUUAGGACUUCAGUAUAAUGAAACGUUUGGGGAAAGUCUUAAUAGCACUGCUUUUCGGUCUGUUAUGGAUGAAACAUUGCUAGAUGAUGCUACUUUGCUGGAAAGACAAGAUAAUAGACCAAAUCCUGUUGACACUUUGUACGAUUUGUUUUUUGAAAUCGUUCAGUCACAUGAGACUGACAGCACUGUGUUUCAAAUGCUUAGUGAAUUGAUUCAGGUAUCUUCUGAUACUUUAGACACUUUGCAAAGUUUUGAUAAUAAAUCAGAAAAUAUCAUUCGUGAUAAACAUUGGCUGAAUAGAGAGAGAAAUACAUGGCGGCUAUUAUAUUGUUUGUAUAAUGAUCGCUUGCUAGCAAAGUGCGAGGAUAUGGAAACUAAUUUAGAUUUAGCAAUGUCUUUUUCAGAAAAAAAUAUUAUUCAAAAACUAUAUACAUCAUGCUCUUUGUUGAGAGAAACACAGUUAGUAGUAGAUUGGUUAGAGCAAAGUGCAGGAGAAAUUCCUAGAGCACAAAAUCCUUUACAAUACACUGAUCGUACAAUAUCAUGUGAAAACACUUUACACCAUCUACAGAGUGAGGGUAACACAGCGUUUGGAACAGUACGUCCACUGGUGAAACACUUGGACCCAGAUGCUCCUGUACGUGAAAAACUCUCAAUACAUGAUCUUGAUGCAGAAGAUCAACUUCGAUUAGCAAAAAGUGUAUUUUUAGAUGUACGGUCAGGUCAGUUGGAAGAAGCCCAAAAAACUUGCUGCCAUUGUGGAGAAUAUUGGCGUGCAGCUCUUUUAGAAGGCUGGCGCUUGUAUCAUGAUCCUAACUAUGAAAACUCUGAAGCGCGAACAGGUGAAAUUAAAAAAUUGCCUGAAGGAAACCCUAACAGACGUUUAUGGAAACUAUGUGCUUGGAAAAUGUCAGAAAAUAGCCGUGCGUUUGAUAUAUAUACUAGAGCAACGAUUGGAGCAUUUUGUGGUCAUUUGGAUUCUAUGCUAGCAGCUUGCAAUGAUUCUUGGGAGGAUUUGCUAUGGGCUUAUUUAAAAGUUCAAAUUGAUAUAAGAGUAGAAACUGAAAUUAAGCACAACUAUAUUAGUAAUACUUCAUAUACAAUGAAGGAUGAGUAUUGGAAAAAUAAAAUGUCUUUAGAACAAAUAUUUGCAGAAAUAGCUGCUUCUAGAAACAAUAAGGUGAGCCUUGAUGCUAGAACACCUGAUCGUUUAAUCCAGAAAUAUAUAAUUAUGGAUGAUAUACAAAACUUGUGGAAGGGCAUGGACACAUGGAUAUUGUCCGAUGAAAAUCCUUCUGGACAUUUCAUAAGGUUUCUUGCUCAUCUCAUAAUAUUCUUUAGAAAAGCUGGUAAAAACUUUGAUGAGAAUAUAUCUAAUAAAGUAUUAGAGAGCUAUGUUAGUGUUUUAAUUAAAAGGGGCAACCCUCAAUUAGUUGCUUAUUAUACUGCCCAACUUCCAAAAAAAAGACAGAUUGUACUAUACUCACAAUUCUUGGAGCAUAUUAUGAAUUCAAGCAUACGAAAACAGUGCUUGGAUGCAGCAGAAAAUGUAGGUUUACAAAUAGAUGAAAUUACAAAGUACACAGUAAAAUCAAUACGUGAUCGCUGUUCUUCAGAUGAUACACCUUUACAAGGCAACAUAUCAAAUCUUGAUGCCUUGAAAAUUUUAGCCCUAGAUUAUUUAAUGUAUAAUCCUCGUCAAGGAUCUGAAGCACUUUGGCAAGCAAAUUUUUUAGUUCGGUCAUUUUUAAGUCAAGGAAAUAUAGAAGCUGCUAGAGCAUCAUUCAACAAAGUUACACCAGAAAUUCUAGGCUUUUUGAAGGGAGUAGAUAUCAUGUUUGAUACUACCUUACCCUUGAAAGAUCAAUGUUCUGUACGGGAGUAUUUCUGUCUGAAAGCAUAUUUAGAAUCACAAGAUGUUUUCAAUGACUGGUUCCAACAUUUCCAUCAUGGUAAACCACAUCCACCUAGCCCUUUGCAAUCAGAACCAACUUUUACAGAAAAAGUUGCAAUGGAUCACAAGAAAAAGCAGUAUGAAGCUGAAUUAGAUAGAUGGUCUAUUGCCUUGCAGCACCAAACAGAGUGUAUUAAGAAGAUGUUCUACAAUGUCCUUGAUUUUCCUGGAAACGGAUGGUUAGUGGAUCCUGUGGAUCCACCAGAGUAUACAGAUGAGGAAGAGGAACAAGAGUGGACUUUGAGAAAACAGCAGAUGGAAAAUUUGCGCAAAGUUUGCAUCCCCAAUAUUGUUCUAUUAUUGCAUACCGUCAUGCACAAUGUUGGGGAAUAUCAAGAAUGUGUUAUGUUAGCUAAUACUAUCAUGUCAGAUAAAAACAAAUUUCAUGAGAUAUAUUCUAAGCAUAAAUUAUCAGAGUUAUUAACAAAAAUAGCAGAAUCUUCAUUGGCAUUGCUCAACCAGAAGAAAGAUGCCUGGGGAUAUCCCAUAUCUGUAUAA